AUGAAUGUUUCGUUUGAAGAGGCUUUGCAAGCCUUGGGGUUAGACGACACUUUAACUCCCGAUGAGGAGUUUGGGUAUAUUAGUGGCAGACAUCAUGUCCCAGAUAAUGUCGGUUUUAGAACUCCGGGUGAUAUGGGUUACUGUGCUCCGAACACUGUUAGGGUAGGUCAGGCUGCCGGCCCAUCCCGCUUUCCAAGGGGGCAGGCAGGCUAUCCCCAGUGUGGGAGGGGGGUUUGGCAGGGUACAGUAAGGGAGCCAGAGGUCACUGUGGCACACUCUGUUGUGCCUGGGCCAGCCAGUAGUAUUCAGCCGGGGGUGUCCCCCGGGUCUUCGUAUGACCCAACUGUUAGGGAUGUUCCUGUCGACCGAGGGCCUGAGGAUACCAUUGGAGUCACCCCGCUGCACCCGCCUCAUGUUCAGGGGGACCUGAGACCCCACCUGCUAGACCUGGAUUCCCCCAUCACCCCGUCCCACUCCAACCCCAUGCCCGGCGGGCCUGUCAUGCCUGCAUACCAGCCCACACCCCAGCCCUGUAGCUAUUGCCCUACUAGUUCCACCACCCAUCCCCAGGACCCUGCUAAUGUAAGCCAAGGGCAGCUUGUGGAUUUGCCACAUGCACCCCAGAUUGUUGAUUUUCAACCCCAAGCUUCACUUGCUCAGCCUACCCCUGCCCCUGGGAAUAGUCACUCAAUGUCAGGCAGUAGGCCCCCUCAUGGGGUGCCUCGCCAUCCUCCCCCUGGGGGGGAGUACCUUGCCACUAGGGUCCAGGAGUCCUUGGUCCAUACCUCACAGGGAUCCUUUGGUGUGCGCAUGUGCACCGCUCCCAACAAUCCUGGGGGAGAGGGAGGUAGAAUAGCGCAAGUCCAGCCACAGUAUCAUGAGCCCUUGUCUGGGGAACCCCAUCCCCUGGGUGACCAUACAUAUGUCCCAGUACCCCAUGAAUAUGAGCCCCCGGCUAGGGAUGUACCUCCCCAUGCAAGUCACGCGCGGACUCCCGCUGCGUCUUGCAGUCCCCCUCAGUACGCGCGGAUCUCCGCAGCGUCUCACCAUCCCCAUGAAUAUGUGCGGUUAUCCGCAGCGCGCCCUCAUCCCCAUGCAAGUUACGCGCGGACUCCCACUGCGUCUUGCAGUCCCCAUGGAUACGCGCGGUUAUCCGCAACAUCUCACGCACCCCCAGAGUACGCGAGGUCAUCCGCAGUGUCUCGUGGGGUCCCGGAGUUUUUGCAGACACCCGUCGCGACCUAUGGCUUACCUGGAGAUGUGCAGCAGCCUGCGAUGCAGUACAAUCCUCAAGACUAUACCGCACUACCAGCCAGUUCUAGCCACCCGACCGUCCGGAAUAGACCCGGAUAUAAGGAUCUCCGCUAUGAUGGCAAGUCCAACUGGAAAGCCUUCCUUCAUAAGUUUGUUCGCCUUUCGCGCAGCCAACAGUGGAAUGAGACCGAGCAACACGAUCAAUUCUGUUUCUUCCUUGAGGGCCCAGCCAGUGAGUAUUACACUCUGAUGCUGGAGACUACCCCCCGCCUGAGGUUCAGUGAAAUACUCCGGAAGUUCGACAAGCGCUUUGGCUCAUCGGCACCAGACCUCACUCAUCAACUUAAUUUCCAAUCAGCGACCCAGAAUAGUGGUGAGUCCCUGCGACAGUGGUCUGACAGAGUGCUCACUUUGGCUACUCGUGCAUUCCCCCAGCUACCGGAUGUUCAUACCCAGGCUAUACCGCGUCUGUGUUAUGGAGCUGAGGACCGGGAGGCGGGUUUGUACGCUUUGAAUGGCCAACCCAAGACUGUGGAGGAAGCUGUCGACUGCAUGCAGUACUUCCAGCAUUCGCGUCAGAGCAGACCCCCCAAGCCUAAGCGGGAGGCGGUAAGGGCCAUGGCGGAUAAGGACAAGGUAGCUGAAGAUAGCCAGAAGGUUGGUGAAGGGGAGAAUGAGAUUAAGGAACUCAAGAGCCGCCUGCAGCAGUUGGAGAAUGCCUUAAGGGAGAGUAGUAUAGCCCAAGCAGACCCGAUGUCUCCGUCACCGCCACCUCCUCCACAAGGAGGGCCGGUGGCACCCCGAGCUAGCCAAUGUUUUAAAUGUGGUGAAGUCGGGCACUUCCGGAGGGAGUGCCCCACCAAUGUAGGGAGGAGGACUGAAGCUGGUGCUGGUGUGGGUGGGGACCGCCCCCCUCAAUACCGUGGUGGACACCGAGAGGAUAUGGGUCGUGGAGGAUCCAGAUAUAGCGGCAGGGGAGGGAGAGACAACCAGCCACCAAGGAAUGUGCGUACGCUGACGCCUGACCGCGAUGUUGGGUUGGAGAGACAGAGAACAGACGACAGUCAAGAGGACCUGCAGAGUGUGAAGCCAGAGUUUGGUCAGUCAGGGGAAACCCGUCGCUCCUGCCUUAAGCAUUCCUAG